AUGAAAUCAAACAAUCUACCAGUUGACCAGAAACAGAGAAAAUUAACUCAAUUAGCAUCAACACACAACCAAUAUCAACCAUUUUCUUCUUAUUAUCUUUGGUAUCUAAUCGACAGAUUUCAUUUUAUCAUUGAUGACAUUCAAUCAAUUUUAACAUUUACUAAAAACACUUGUUUUAAUGAAUUUGCGAACAAAUUUAUGAACGAAAGACAAAAGGCUGAAUUAGAAGGAAAUAAAGGAAAAAGUUUAUUUUGCAAGAUUUCACUUAAUGGAUCAUAUGGUUACGAUGCAAUGAAUACACAAAAUUACGCAAAGACUAAAAUAAUGAAUGCACAGAAGGCACGCGUUGCAUGUAUGUCAAAUAAGUUUAAAAACAUAAGAGAAAUAGGUGAAGAUACAUAUCAAGUGAUGCUUAAAGAUAGAUUUUAUAGAUGUGAUACAUGUUUACAAGAGGCAUUCUUCACUUUAGAUAAUGCUAAAUACUGGUAUUUGGUUUUCAUUUAUGAUUUUAUGUAUAAAUGCAUGGAUGUUAAUCGUUUUCAUUUCAUUGAAGGUGAUACUGAUUCAUCUUAUUGGGCAAUCGCUGGCGACCCAAAUCUUCCUAACACUCAAGCAUUUCAAGCAAUUGUUACCGAUAAACAAUUUUAUGAUAAAAACAUUUUCAAAUUCGCACCAUUUGAUUUCAUCUGUUUUGAUGAGAAAUUUAAACCUAAAUUAAAGAAUAAAGCUGAAGAAAAAGCACAUGAGAAAAAAUUAUUGGGUUUAGCAAUUGAGAAACAAGGUGAUAACAUGGUUGCUUUAUGUCCUAAGUGUUAUACAUCAUUCAACGGUUCAAUUGAUGGAAGUGAUUUUAAAAAGAUUGCACAAAAAAUGAAGG